AUGACAACAGAGGACAGGGAGACGAUGGAAGCCCGCGGGGCAGGGGAAAGCUGCCCGCCCAUCCCCAAGAUGGCGCCUGGUGACCCCCUAUCUGAAGGGAAGUCCAGGGCUGCCUUGGACGCAGAGUCCCCUAAGCCAGACUCUUCUAAUGACUCCCUGGAGGAGAUGGAAACUUGUGAAGACUACUCAGGGCCACCUAAGUUGUCGUCCCCCAAGGCUGGCCCCACCGCCAAGGGCCAGGCGGGCGAUGGACCUGAACUUACAGAGCAGCCUCUGGCCCCAGGAGCGGAGCGCAGUGCCGAGAUGGAGCUGGAGAAAGUGCGCAUGGAGUUUGAGCUCACCCGGCUCAAGUACUUGCACCAGGAGAAUGAGCGCCAGCGGCAGCACGAGGAGGUGAUGGAGCAGCUGCGGCUGCAGCAGCAGGCGACGCCCCACCUGUUCUCAGGAGGCCUCCAGGACCUCUUGCACCCCCAGAACCAGUUUGCCCUGUUCCUGUACUGCUUCAUCUUUAUACACAUUAUCUAUGUCACCAAGGAGAUGAUCUUCUUUCUCUUCUCCAAGCACUACCUGUUCUGCAUCGCGGCCAUUUUGCUCUGUUUGAUUAAAACUUUAUGGUCCUACUUCUAA